UGGUCUAUAGAUAGAAUAUAUUUGUAGUUUUUUAAGUUUAUUUGAUGGUUUCCAUCCCUGAACUUUACGUGUGGGAAGGUGAUUUUGGGUUGUUUAGCUGCGACUACGAUUGUUUAUCUGUUGUAAGUUAUUGCCUUAUUAAAGCCAUACCCAUUGUUAUAUAUCCUUGCAGAAAUCCCUUACUAUCACCAUCAGGUAAACUUCCUUUCAUGAGACACAAGGGGAGCUUGGUAGGUGGUGUUGAGCAAAUUAUGCAUUAUUUGAGGGAAUUGGGUUUUGGUGGGGAUUAUUCUUUAAGUUAUGCAAUAGAAACGUACUUUUUGCAAAGUAUCACCCCCGCAAUGGUUUAUUAUUUUAUGUAUGAUAAGCAAGGUUAUAACUCCGUUAGUCGCUGGCUGUCGGCGAGGCUUCCUUUUCCCCUUUCCUUGUUUUUUCCCCAUUCUCUAAGGGAAUUUCAUUUGAAAACUUUUCUGUACAGCUCGAGUAGUAAUUUAGUUUAUCCCAACAUGUUUACAUCGGAACAUGUCUGUGAUAGCCAUAAGGAAGGAAAGUUGUCUUCUAAAAAAUCUCUUCUGAAUUUUCAGAUUCCUCUUGGCGCUGCUGGCGAUAUUCAAAACAUUACGUCUUGGGAAUCAAUUAGGAAUCAACUAAUUAUGUGUUUAGACGAUUUAGAAAAAUUUUACUUUGAAGAAACCAGUCGCCAAAAUUCUUUAGGGGACUCGUAUUUUUUUGGAACGACAGCGACCAGCUUAGAUGCGUUUUUGUACGGGUACUUUUGGUUUAUUGAGAAGCAUCCCGCCUUCAGAGACACGCAUUUGUUUACGAUCAUCCGCGAACGUCAAAGCCUUCUUCGCUUGGUCGAGACUGUGCACCGGACUUUUUUCUCUACUAGUGAAGUACCCGAUAAGUUGGUGCUGGGGCAGUCGUUUCGCUCAGCUAUCCCGUUAGAAGCUGUACCUGGUUUAUCAUUGGUGGAUCAAGCUCUCGAGUAUCCUGAGGACGAUGACACGCGGUUAAGUUCCUACGACUCUGACUCUUCCUACGGAGGCGGCUCGAAUAAGGAAAGAACGUUAUCUUUGAAAGAAAAACUCCGAGUGGCCACGUGCGUGUCGGUGGCUGCUGUAGUGAUACUCUAUUACGCUAUUCGUGCCAAUGUGUUGCGCAUGAAAGUAUCGGGUCGCUAUACUUAG